AUGGACGCCUCCUCCCUCCGCAUCUCCAAGUUCGAUGGAACUAACUUCCACGCCUGGAAGUUUAAGAUGCAGAUGGUGCUGGAGGAACGGGACCUAUGGGAGGUCGUCAGCGGUGAGAUCAAGGCGGAACAGUGCGAGACUCAGUUGGACCAAGCGACGUACAAGAGGAAGUCAAGAAAGGCGAUGGCAGUGAUCUGUCUAGCCAUGGAAGAUUCCCAGCUACCGUUGGUCCGGUCGGCAAGUGGUGCAUGCGACGCAUGGUCAAGGUUGGAAGACCACUUCGAGAAGAAGAGUCUUGCCAACAAGCUGUUCUUGCGCCGUCGCUUCUUCACGACAAUGAUGGAAGAAGGCGACGAUGUGCUCGAACACAUCAACAAGCUCAAGACGCUGGCGGAACAGCUAGAAGCGGUGGGGGCUCCAGUCUGCGAGGACGAUCUGGUGAUCACACUUCUCGGCAGCCUGAGUGACUCGUAUCAAUUCUUGAUCACAGCUUUGGAGUCGCGCUCAGACACUCUUAGCUGGGAGCUCGUGACGUCUCGACUGCUUCAUGAAGAAAUGAAGCGGAAGGAGCAAGGAAGUAAAGGUGAUGAAGCUUCGCAAAGUCAAGCGUUCAUCACAAGGGACAAUCAGCGCAAAGGGCUACCAGUGAAGAAGUCCUGGCCGUGCCACAAUUGCGGAAAGAUUGGUCACUGGAUGGCGGAGUGCCCCUCGCGCAUCCAAGAAAACACGGAGAGACACCGGCCACAGCGUGCUCAUGACAGCGGCGAUCGCUAUCGAUCACAACGUGCAAACGUCGCUCAAGAAGAAGACUCGGGCGACUACCUUUUUUCGAUCGGUGAAACGACAUCUGCGAAAUCGAGCGACAUCUGGCUGGUCGACUCCGGGGCGACGCAGCACAUGACGUGCUCCAAGAAGUUCAUGCGGAACUACAAGGGGUUUGACGAUGUGGAUGUCCAUCUCGCGGAUGAUGGAAUCGUCAAAGCAAUCGGCAGUGGGGACAUUGUCAUGUCGAUGAAGACACCCCAAGGGAUGAAGAAAGGUGUGCUCACAAACGUGUGGCACAUUCCAAAGUUAUCCAGAAACCUGUUCUCGGUCGGCCGCUUCACCAAGGAUGUCGGCCCAGUGACGUUCACGAAGGAUGGGUGCUAUGGAGAAGCGAAAGGGAUCAAGUGGAAAAUUGGUGCCCGUGAAGGUAAAGGACUGUUCAAGCUGCAAAUGACUCCAGUGGCGCCGGAACAAGCAAAUGCAGCGAAGUCGUCGGGAUGUCAAGGGGACACCAAGUCGUACCUCUGGCACCUUCGGCUUGGCCACAUAGGUCACGAUGGACUCAAUUGCAUCGUGACGAAGAACAUUGGAAUUGGCAUCGACAUAUCUUCGGUGAAGAAGUGGGACGUGUGUGAAGGUUGA